GGAAGAUAUUCUGGUAGAUUUUCCCGAUUACGCCAGACAUCUUGGUAGGGAGGGAGCUCGACGACCGACAGACGACCGAUGGCGACUUGGCGAGGAGAGGCGACUGCGAUUCUGGUGAAGGGCGGGCGGAAAUACGGGCUUCGCCAAAAUGCCUAGUGCACACCUGUCUCUUCGGGAGGAGGACGUGGUGCGACUGGCCUUAGAGUUCCUCCAAAAUAGGUACCUCCAUAUAUCACAGCUCAAUGUAGAACGAGAAACGGGCAUUAUUAAUGGCAACCAUUCGGAUGAUGCUCUCUUUCUCCGUCAACUGAUUCUCGAUGGGCAGUGGGAGGAUGUUCUUGAAUUUGUGCAACCACUUGAAGCAAUAGAUGCUUUUGAUACAAAGAAAUUUCACUUCAUUAUUUUGAAGUACAAGUAUUUUGAGUUGUUAUGUAUCAAAGCAGAAGCUCCCAAUCCCAGCAAGGAAGGUGCUGUUGAUGAACUAGUCAAGGUCCUGAACGAGUUGGAGAAAUAUGCACCGAACAAGGAAGCAUAUUCUCAACUCUGCCUGUAUCUGACACUCCCAAGACUUCAUGAACACUCAGACUUUCGUGACUGGAAUCCUAGUGCUGCGCGUGUACAAUGUUGGACUCAGGUGUUCCCACUGGUGGAGAAAUUCCUCCCUGCCGAGCGCCGUGGUGGUCUUGCAGGGGACAUGGAAGGAGUCGGAAUGGCCAAGAACGACCGCCUGGUACAGCUGAUCAUCAAAGGCCUGUUGUAUGAGUCAUGUGUGGAGUAUUGCCAGAGUCAGGCCACUGGUGACAGUAGUAACUCCGGCACACUCAAAUUUCCCUCCCUGCUCUCUUGUACGACAUUCAGUGACUCUGAUCUCUCGUUGUUGUCUUGGCUGCAAAGUAUACCACCCGAGACCUUUGCUUGUCCUUUUGAACAAAAGACGCUAAAUGUUGAUGUUGAACGAUUAGAAAAGCCAUCUCUGGAAGCAUCAUGGACGGAACAUCUUCUUGUGACGCCAAUUAAACCAAGAACUUUUCCACAUUCUGCGAUGCCAUACAAUAGGCCAAGAGCACGGGAUAUUAUGUCACGCUCUCUAAACCCAAAUCUCGAUGGUCUCCCAUUUGGUUUAGGUUCAAAUAGAAAUUCUAUGGCACUUUCUACAGGUGAUAUCAAUAUGAUGUCAAAGAGUAUUGCAAGCUUCCACCUUACAGGAAAGAAGACCAUGAAUACAUCCGUUGAUCGGCUUUUUGACACCGAAAACGUUUUCACAAGUAGUUCGUACGGGGAUCUGCCCACCAUCAUAGAAAAGGUCGGACUUCCCAAGCCACCUCCAAGGAGAGCACGCUCAAGAAGUCCCGACAAGAGACAGUCCACAGAUUCGCUCAACAAACCAGCUUUUUCAGACAAAGUUGAAAAGGAUAUUCGGGAAGAGAAGCCAGGUACACCACCAGCGCUGCCACCAAAGUCUUCGCCAACACCGCCCCAGAUUCCGCCUCCAAACCAUACCCCUCCGAACCUCCCUGCCCCAUACCAGCAACCUCAGCAUUACCCUCACCCAAAGCAAAACGUCCCUCUACCGCCUGUACCCGACGGCAAGCCUUCCCUCCCUCCACCCCAGCCUCCACAGCAAAACCAGAUGCCUCAGCAGCCUCCGCAGCCUCCCUUUGACAGCAACUGCAAUGCCAACAAUGAUCGCGAGACGGGCGAGCUCUUCAGCAUAUACCAACGGAGACAGCAGAUGAUGGGUCAGCAACAGCAGCAGAUGUAUGACCAGUACAGCAACAACAAUCAGAUGAUGAUGAACAUGGGAACUCUACAUCCUCCCAACAUGAAUAUGAAUAGUUUUACCAUUGUAAAACAUACUGUAGUUUUCUUAAUGGGAAAUUUACUUACUGUAGACCUAUAUGGAUGUGAUCAACACCAUUGUGAAUUAAAAUCAAGUUUUAGGGGUGAGGAUGAGACAUUUUGCUUUGGUUCUGAAUAUUUCAUGCGUAAAUUGCAAGGCCAUGGAAAUGUUCAGAAAAAGAUUGAGUUCAAAGCCUCCGGGGAUGGCAUGUAUGUUCAGAUAUUCCAAAUUGAAUUUUACGCCUUCAUGUACACUAUAUUAGUUGCAUCACUCUUUGUCAUUUGGAGCAUUGAUUGA